AUGUUGACUCCAUUGAUCCCUAAAGCCCAAACCACCAAGAAACCACCCCUAUCAACCCACCUCAUCGAGGCCCGAUCCAUCUCGGCCAUCUCACUCCCAAUGAUCCUCACUGGCCUCGUACUCUACUCGCGCUCCGUCAUCUCCAUGCUCUUCCUCGGCCGCCUGGGCCGCCUCCCCCUCGCCGCGGGCUCCUUAGCCCUCGGCUUCGCCAACAUCACGGGCUACUCCGUCCUCUCGGGCCUCGCCAUCGGCAUGGAGCCCAUUUGCGGCCAAGCCUUGGGCGCCCACCGCUUCAAACUCCUCGGCCACACCCUCCAAAAAACCAUCCUCCUCCUCCUCCUCACCUCCAUCCCAAUCUCCAUCCUAUGGCUCAACAUGAACACCAUACUCGUCUUCCUCGGCCAAGACCGCCUUAUAGCCGACGAGGCCCAAUCCUACAUAAUCCUCUCAAUCCCGGACCUAAUCGCCAACUCCUUCCUCCACCCCUUGCGAAUCUACCUGCGCACGCAGUCUGUAACAGUGCCGUUAACUUUUUGCGCGAUUCUCUCCAUCGUUUUGCACGUCCCGAUAAAUUAUUUCCUCGUCACGUCUCUCAAUCUCGGGAUCAAAGGCGUGGCGUUGGCCGGCGUGUGGACGAACGCGAAUUUACUCGCGUCGUUGGUUAUGUACGUGUUGGUGUCGAAAAUGUACGUGAAGACGUGGGGAGGGGUAAUUUCGGCGGAGGAGUGUUUCGAGAAUUGGAAGCCGCUCGUGAGGCUCGCGGUGCCGAGCUGCGUUAGCGUGUGCCUCGAGUGGUGGUGGUAUGAGAUCAUGAUUUUGCUAUGCGGGCUUUUGCCGGACCCGAGUUCGAAAGUGGGGUCGAUGGGGAUACUUAUACAGACGACGUCGUUUGUGUACGUUUUCCCUUCGUCGUUGAGUUUCGGGGUGUCGACUAGGGUUGGGAAUGAGUUGGGCGCGGGGAGGCCCGGGAGGGCGCGGAAGGCGGCGGUGGUGGGUUUGGUGGCGGGGUUUUUGUUAGGGUUUUUGGCGCUAGUUUUUGCGUUUGGGGUGAGGAAUGUGUGGGCCAGGGUUUUUACGGCGGAUGGGGAGAUAGUUGCGGUGACGUCGGCGGUGCUGCCGGUGGUGGGGUUGUGUGAGAUAGGGAACUGCCCGCAGACGGCGGGGUGUGGGGUGUUGAGGGGGACGGCGAGGCCGGAGAUUGGGGCGAAUGUGAACUUGGGGUGUUUUUAUGGGGUGGGGAUGCCGGUGGCGGUGUGGGGGUAUGGGUUUGAGGGGUUGUGGGUGGGGAUGGCGGCGGCGCAGGGGUGUUGUGCGGCGGCGAUGGUGUUUGUGGUGGUGAGGACGGAUUGGGAAGGGGAGGCGGUGAGAGCGAAGGAGCUGACGGAUGGUGAAAUUGAAGGAGAUGGAGAUGAGAUUGGUGGGAUUACGGAGGGUAAGUAUAAAUUGGUGGAUGAUUCACCAGCUUAG